UCCCUCAGUCCCCGCCCCGCGGCCUCAGGCCCGGCCCGGCCUCGCGCUCCGGCCUCGGCGCCGCCGCCUCAGCGCGCCCGCGCUUCCGCUUCCCUUCCCCCCCCCCCCGGCCCGCGGCCCCUUCCCCCCCCCUUCCCCACACACCGGCCCCGCCAUGGACGUGAAGCGGCUGAAGGUGACCGAGCUGCGGGCCGAGCUGGGCCGGCGCGGCCUGGACGCCCGCGGGCUGAAGGUGGAGCUGGCGCAGCGGCUGCAGGAGGCCCUGGACGCCGAGAUGUUGGCGGCGGGGCCCGAGGAAGGCGGCGGCGGCGGCGGCGGGGGAGGCCCGGCCGCGGCCGCCUCGAGCUGCGCAGGGGAAGCGGGGCCGGCCGGAGGCCCGGGCGGGCGGCCCCACGGAGGGGAUGAGGAGGAGGAGGAGGAGGAAGAGGAGGAGGAGGAGGAAGAGGAGGAGGAGGAGGACGAGGAAGCGCUGCUCGCCGAUGAGGACGAAGCGGCCGCCGCGGCCCCCGAGGCGGCCCCGGCCCAGCCCGGCCCCCCCGGGGAGGAGGAGGAGGAGGAAGAGGAGGCGGCCCCGGCCGAGCCCGCGGGGUCGGAGCCGCUGCAGCCGCCGCAGGAGGAGGGAGCGGCGGUCGCGGCCGAGGCUGAGGCGGCCGAGGCAGGAGGAGGCGGCGGCGGCGGCGUGAACGGGGCCGAGCGGCCGCCGGAGGAGGCGCCCAGCGGGGAUGAAGCGGCCGCGGCCGAGACCAAGGAGGAGGAGGCGGCGGCGGGGGAGGAGGAGGACAAGGCCAAGGCGGAGGCGGAGCGGCGCGGGCUGAAGCGGCUGCGGGACGAGAAGGACGAGCACGGGCGCGCCUGGCACGAGUUCCGCGAGGAGGCCUACAACAGCCGAUCCAAAUCUCCGCCGCCGCCCGAGGAGGAGCCGCCCGAGGGGGAGGAGGACGAGACCCUGGUGAUCCUGGACACCUACACGUCGGACCUGCAGUUCCGAGCCAGCCGGGACCGCUACGGGGGGCAGCCGCUCUUCUCCGAGCGCUUCCCGGGGCUCUGGGCCGGCGCCCGCAGCACCCACGGCGUCACCCGCGGCCGCGUCUGCUUCCAGGCCAAGGUGUCUCAGAACCUCCCGGGGAAGGAGGGGAGCUCCGAGGUGCCGCUGCUGCGGGUGGGCUGGUCCGUGGACUUCUCCCACUCCCAGCUGGGGGAGGACGAGUUUUCCUACGGCUUCGACGGGCGGGGGCUGAAGGUGGAAAACGGGAAAUUCGAGGAAUUUGGGGAAAGUUUUGGGGAAAACGACGUCAUCGGCUGCUUCGCGGACUUCGAGGGCGCGGAGCUGGUGGAGCUGUCGUUCUCCAAGAACGGGCAGGAGCUGGGCACGGCCUUCCGGGUGCCCAAGGAGGCGCUGGGCGAGCGGGCGCUGCUGCCCCACGUGCUGUGCAAGGGCUGCGCCGUGGAGCUCAACUUCGGGCAGCGCCCGGAGCCGCUGGCGCCGGUGCCCGACGGCUUCGUCUUCAUCCACGAGAUCCCCGCCACAGAGAGGGUCCGGACGCCCACGGGGCCCAAAAGCACCGAGGAGUGCGAGGUGCUGCUCAUGGUGGGGCUGCCGGGCUCCGGGAAGACGCAGUGGGCACAGAAACAUUCCCAGGAGAACCGGGACAAGCGCUACAACAUCCUGGGCACCGAGCGCGUCCUGCACCAGCUCAGGACGCGGGGGCCGGAGCCGGAGGAGCUGGACGCCAAGAGCCGGGAGCUGCUGACUCAGCAGGCGGCGCAGUGCCUUAGCAAGCUGGUGCAGAUCGCCCCCCGCGCCCGCCGCAACUUCAUCCUCGACCAGUGCAACGUGUACAACUCGGGGCAGCGCCGGAAGCUCUCGGCCUUCAAGGGCUUCUCGCGCAAGGUCGUGGUGAUCGUUCCCCCCGAGCCCGACUGGGAGCAGCGCCUGGAGCAGCGGCGCCAGGCCGAGGGCGACGACGUGCCCGAGUCCGUCAUGCUGGAGAUGAAGGCCAACUACUCGAUCCCGGAGAAGAGCGAGUACGUGGACGAGGUUCUGUUCGGGGAGCUGGGCCGGGACGAGGCGGCGCCGCUGGUGCUGCGCUGGAAGGAGGAGGCGCGGAAGCAGCUGCCGCCCUCGGAGAAGCGCGGGAACCGCCGCAACAACCGCAACAAGCGCAACCGGCAGAACCGCAACCGCGGCCAGGGCUACGUCGGGGGGCAGCGCCGGGGCUACGACAGCCGCGUCUACGGGGGCCAGCAGCAGCCGCAGUACUGGGGGCAGCCCGGCAACCGCGGGGGCUACCGGAACUUCUACGAGCGCUACCGGGGCUACGACGAUCGGUUCUACGGCCGCGACUACGACUACAACAGAUACCGCGACUACUACCGGCAGUACAACCGCGAGUGGCAGAACUACUACCAGGACAGAGACCGGUACUACAGGAACUACUACGGCUACCAGGGCUACCGGUGAACCCCGGCCCAUCCCAAAAUAUUCCCGAAAAUUUUGGGGAGGUGGGGGAGGGGCAGGGGGGGAGGGGAGGGAAAAAAAAAAGGGGAAAAAAAACGGGGAGGGGGGAGGGGCUGGAAAAAAAAACCACAAAAAACAACGGGGGGGGAGGGGGAGGAGAAAAGAGAGGAAAAAAGUCAAAAAAAAAAAGGGGGGAGAAAAAAGGCAAAAAAAAGGCAAAAAAAAAAAAGAUGGAAAAUGUAAAUUUUUUUUUAAAGUUUGUUGAAAGAAUUUUGUUGUAAUUGUAUAAAAAAAGCGCAAAAAAAAAAGAGGGAAAAACAAGAAAAA